AGAUUGCUUUCGUUGAUCUUAAAAACAGUAUAAUAUUCAAAAAGAUUUAUAUACUAUUCAAGUUAGAAUCAAAUCUAAUAAUUGUAUCUAUUCUUUUUUCUGUUAUUUUUAAUAAAUUUGUAAAGUGUAAGUGCAAUUUAAAUUUUAAUUAUGGAAUUUAAACGGCCCGAUAAUCCUAGCCGCUGCACAUGGGAAAUAAAUGCAACAAAUUCACCACAUACAUGUAGGAUGGAAAAUGCUGAUCUUAAUAACAUAAUGCCUGAUAUAUUAACUGCUAUAGGACAAACUCCACUUAUAAAAAUGAACAAUAUUCCUAAAUCUUAUGGAAUUAAAUGUGAAAUGUAUGUAAAAUGUGAAUUCCUUAAUCCUGGUGGUUCUGUAAAAGACAGAAUUGCAUAUAGAAUGAUUCAAGAUGCAGAAGAGAGUGGUUUGCUAAAACCAGGAUACACCAUCAUUGAACCUACAAGUGGAAACACUGGAAUUGGUUUAGCAAUGGCUGCUGCAGUUAGAGGCUACAGAUGUAUUAUUGUUAUACCAGAAAAAAUGUCUGAUGAGAAGAUAUCUACACUUCGUGCACUUGGUGCUGAAAUUGUUCGAACCCCAACAGAAGCAAGUUGGGAUAGUCCAGAGGCACACAUUAAUGUUGCACAAAAAUUACAAAAGGAGAUACCAAAUAGUAUUAUUCUUGACCAGUAUACUAACCCUGGAAAUCCAUUGGCUCACUAUGAUAAAACUGCAACUGAAAUUUGGAGGCAAUGUGAGGGAAAAAUAGAUUAUUUAAUAGCUGGUGCUGGUACAGGUGGCACUAUUUCUGGUAUUGGGAGAAAACUGAAAGAAUUAUCACCAGAUGUACAGAUUGUUGCUGUAGAUCCUAAAGGAAGUAUUUUAGAUCCAUCAACUGAAUCACAAGAUGAAAUUGGCUUUUAUGAAGUAGAAGGGAUUGGGUAUGAUUUUAUACCAACAGUGUUAGAUCGUAGUGUAAUUGAUAAAUGGAUAAAAACUGAAGAUUGUGAAUCAUUAAAUGCUGCUAAAAUGCUCAUAAGUCAGGAAGGUUUACUAUGUGGUGGUAGUAGUGGAGCUGCACUUGUGGCUGCACUUAAAAUAGCUAAAGAUCUUCCUGAAGGAAAACGUAUUGUUAUUAUUUUACCUGAUGGAAUACGAAAUUACAUGACUAAAUUCGUAUCUGACCACUGGAUGGAAAUUAGAGAAUUUUUGGAACCUAGAUGUCAAAUUGAAACAAAUAAAUGGUGGUGGAACCUGCAAGUUUCAAAGUUAUCUUUUGAAAAAGUAUCUUUGUUAAAAGAAAAUACAGUAACAUAUCAGGAAGCCAUUCAUUUACUUAAAAACACAGAUUGCUAUGUAUUAGUUAUUGGUGAUAAUGACCUACAUGUAAAAGGUGUUAUUACUUUGAACAAAAUUAUGUCAAAUAUAAUAUCUGGUGCAGUAAGCUACACAGAUUUUGUGGAACAUGCUAUGGCUAAACAAUAUAUCAAAGUUAAACUUUCUACAACUCUUGGCCAACUAGCACGUAUCCUUGAGAAAGAGUCAUAUGCAAUAAUUUUAGAUGAAAAACGUAAUAAUGCUUUUGUUGGAAUCGUAAAUCAAUUUCACAUUCUGAACUUUAUUACUGAAAAUAAUGGUGCAAAAACAACUAAUAAUUCUUUAACAAGUUGA